CUGUUUAUUCUUCGAAUUACGGAGGUCUUUGCAAGGGAACGGACUGAAUCUCAGUCUUAUAGAGAUUUUCGAGUUAUAGAGGUUUGAGUUAGCGAGGUUCGACUGUAUGUGCAUAUCUAUAUUAUACGGGAUUGUUGUGCUUAUUGCGCACUGACAAAGUCCUGAAACUCGUUAUUCUUCCUCGUAUUGUGGAUUACGCAUGUGUACAAUAAUCACUCAUAUAUUUACGCAGUCCAGUCCAUACACAAUGACUCUUAUCAAGAUGUUAGUGGAUGCAGCAUCGGAGGACUAACGGAGGAGAUGAGGAAGUUUUCCCAGUUCUCGCUAUACCUUUGACCAAAGAAAUAAAUACAGUAAUUUAAUAAGAGGUGUCGGAAAGCAGAUAAUGGACAUGAUACCGGGAAUUUGGCUUAUUCUUUUAUUUUUCGGACAUGUGGACGGUUUAUCCUACGAGAUUGAUAUUUACGAAGGAAGUAACUGUACCUUAAAUGACGGUCGUCUUGGUAUUUGCAAAAGACUCCCAGAAUGUUCUAUAAAACUAAAAGAAGUAAGGGAGGGUCUAAGGUAUUCUAAUGCUGUUGAUCGUUGUGGAUUUUUCAAUUUUACAGAAAUUGUUUGCUGUCCACUGAAAACUUUGAAACAUUGGAAUACUCGGCCCGCGCAUAUAGCUUGUGUCAGAUACAAAAAUGAAGUUGGGUCAAAAACUGCAAACGACGGAGAUAAUGUAGCAAGCGGUCCGAGAAGAUGGGGCAUUUUGGUUGGCGUUAACGUCCGUUUCGGUGAAUUUCCAUAUAUGGCUGCUUUAGGAUACAGGGACACCAAUGAAAAAAAUGUCGAAGUUAUCAAAUAUUUAUGUGGUGGAACCUUGAUAUCAUUGCAGCACGUAUUGACUGCGGCGCAUUGUGUCAGCAAUAUACAAAGUCGAGUACCUGUCUUGGUAAGGCUGGGUAAUGAUGAUCUCGGAACAGUUAUUCCAGACCCUUUAGAAAUUCCAAUUAGUAAAAUCAUCAUACAUCCAGAAUACAAUCUUAGCACAUAUUACCACGACAUUGCUAUCCUCAAACUGGAGAAGAAAGUCUACAGGUCGUUCCUCGUCCAACCAAUAUGCAUUCAAAUGAAAUCACUGACAGAGAUGAAUUUAUCUAAAAAUGAUACGCUGACAGUAACUGGUUGGGGUGCAACCAGUGUCUAUGGGGACGGAUCAACUAAAUUAUUGAAAGCUGAGGAAUUACGUUUUGUAGGAAACGACGAAUGUUCCAAAGCGUAUACCGAUCAUAGGUGGAUACCAAGUGGUCUGGACAACCAUAUGAUAUGCGCCAUUGAUAAAAAUAUAACAAGAGGAGCUGAUACCUGUCAGGGAGAUAGUGGUGGACCUCUUCUUAUAAAAUCCGAAAAUAAUCUAACGCUCGUGGGUGUGACAUCGUUUGGACAGUCGUGUGGUGGACCUUCUCCAGGAGUUUAUAUUUCCGUUCACUCCUACUUGGACUGGAUCGAAAAAACAGUCUGGUCUAAUGAUACUGAUGUAGUUUAAUCACCAAGGAGUGACAGUAAUAUUUUUCAUAACUUACUUUUGCUUUUGGAAGUUUUGCGGUCCCUCUAUGGGGAUCAAAUUCCAAAAUAGUAAAAGCCUGUUGUUGCAUACAAUGCCAAGAUGAAUAAAGUGCUUUGAAAUGUGAUACUUUUACUGUAGAUAAA